GCGUGGUGCGACGCCUCAGACGGCGUCUACGCCCGGAGGCUGGCGGAGAUCAGAAGGUGCGCCCCGCUGACCGCGGCGCCCGGGGUGGGCCUGGCGGCCGCGGCGAAGCAGCUGCUGCUGGCCCUGGACUGGUGCUUGCUGCUCGAGGAGAGCAGCAGGCCGCCUCCGCGGCCGGCGGCCUCCUCGGCGCCGCGGCCGGGGGGCUGUUCGCCGGCGCCCUGGCCGCCGGGGCGGGCGGGGGCAGCGGCGCCAGCGGGCCGGCAGGCCGCCGCUCGCACCCGGACCGCGAGUUCCGCCGGCAGCUGCGCCGUAUCUGGCGCCUCUGCGCCCAGCAGCCGCCCCCCGGCGCUGCCCGCUCCGGGAGGGCGGCGCCGAGCGGACCUCCUCGUCCCUGCUCCGCCGGGCUCGCGGCGCCGCCGGCACGCAGGACGGCCAGGGCGAGGCGUACGAGAGGCUCUUCAACCCGGCGAGGGGUGGCACCGGCGGGCCCAGGAGAGCGUGUGCGCCGCGCUGUGCUUCCUGGUCAGCGCCUUCCUGGAGCUCAGGCGUGCGCCGCCGGGCAGCCUGCGAGACGCGGAGCGCUCGUCGCUGCGGCUGGCGGCCGCGGCGCUGGCGCGGCACCCGCUCUUCGAGGAGUGCGACGCGCCGACGGAGGGCGCCGACGGAGGCAGCGGCGCCGCGGGCGCGGAGGAGGCCGAGUUCCGCCGGCGGGCGCAGGCGCUGCUGUGCUUGCUGGACGCCGCGCUGUGCUGGAGGCCCCUCGACCCCAUGGGCUGGGCCGGCAUCUGCGAGGACGACUCCGGCGUGGUGGUGGCGCAUGUGAAGGGGAUCUGUUCGUACCCGGUCUUCGCGGCGAAGAUCCGCCGCGGGUUGCAGAGGGCGGCGGGCGGCUGCCGUGCGACCUGGCGGCGCGUCGGCGUGCACCUGGACGAACUCCGGGCGCGGGCGUUGCCGGAGCCGUGGUCGUGGGCGUGGCUGCACGCGGAGGACGCCUCGAUGCUGGUGAGGAACCGCACCAAGGUCCGCCUGCGCGUGGAGCUCUACCGGCCCCAGAGCCGCUCGUCGCCCUGGGCCGACUGGCCGCUGCUGCGGCGCGUGGCGCCCGAGCCGCGCCCGGUGCUCGUGGGCGAGGUCGGGCCCGGCUUCGAGUGGGGCCUGCGGCCGCGGGCCCAGGAGGGGCAGCAGUUCCGCCUGCGGCUGGUGACAGAGGCGGGCGUCGUCGUGUGCUCGCGGCGCAUGCGGCGCGGGCAGACCUUCGACUUCGAGGUGGAGGUGCCCCCUCGGCCGUCGCCGCGGGCGGCGAUCGCGCGGCGGCUGCUGCAAGGCGACCUCGCUUGGGCCGCGGCGGGCACGGACAGCGGCGUCGGCGCUGGACCGCCGCUGCGCGGCAAGCGCGGCGCCGGAGAGGAGAGUCCGUCUGCUCCACCGCGGCGCCAUCCUCCGUCGGCGCCCCCUCCAGCGCGCACAGCGCCCCGCCCGGCGCGCCCGUGCCGCGGCCGCGGCCGCAGCUGGCGCGGCGCCACGAGGGGGGCGACCAGUCGCCGCCGGCGCUGGCGCUAGUGGAGUCGCUGGAGACUGCGCGCUCUGCCCGCGGUGCCUGCGGCGCAUGGCGCCCCGGUGCACCAGGCCGACGAAGUCCGCCUACGGCGGCGGAGUGCAGUGCGACCGCUGCAGCGACGAGCUCGUGCCGCCCGCCCCCGGGGCGGACGGCUCCCGGGAGGCCGAAGGGUCGACCUUCUUCCACUGCGGCAAGUGCUGGUACGACCUGUGCCACCGCUGUGCCCUCAACGAGAUGCGAGAGGUGUGGUGGGGCGAGGACUGACCGAGGCACCGCGCGCCCGUUGGGCCGGCGGCGCAGCUCCCGGAGGGGCGAUCCUCGGGCGCGCUCCUCUCUGCUCCAUCUCCUCGCUCCUCCUCCCUCCUCGCGCGCGCCUCGCUGGGGGGCCGCUGCGCGCAGGGCCCCCCCCCUCCGCGCGCGGGCCGGAGACGACCGAGAGCGCCACGCCGCUCCCCCUGGCUGCGUGCCGCUCCCGCCAGAGCCAAGA